AUGUCUGGAGCAAACGUUGUGCGUUUUCUUCUUGCUUGUGGUAAAAUUAAGCGAACCGUUCGUACUGGCUGGACGCGAUAUGGUGUUAAUGAGCCAGAAAGUGUUUCAGACCAUAUGUACCGAAUGGCUCUCCUUUCCAUACUUCUCCCUUCAACAGAAGCCUUCAAACCCGAGAAGGUGAUGAAGAUGGCCAUUAUUCACGAUCUCGCUGAGUGUAUCGUUGGAGAUAUUACGCCUUUCUGCGGUGUUUCAAAACAAGAGAAGCACAGACGCGAAGAGGAGGCUAUAACAUUCAUCUGCAGUAGUCUCCCGGAGGAUAUUGGUCCUGAGCUUGUCAGUUUGUGGAAAGAAUAUGACGAACAGAAAACACCAGAAUCCUUAGUAUGCAAGGAUUUGGACAAAUUCGAGAUGAUUUUGCAAGCCUAUGAGUACGAGUUGGAGGCCAAUCGACCCGGAUGGUUGGAAGAAUUCUUUAAAAGCACUGAGGGUCUCUUUACUUAUCCAUGUGUGCGUGAAUGGGUCGAUGCUCUGCGGAAAGAGCGCUCCGAAUUUACCACCAAGAAAUAG